AGUCGAUUUUCGAGGAACCAAUCAUGAACAAGCCGAUGGAAAUCUUUACGAAAAUUUUGACAUUAGACAACCAGUAAACGCUUCGGUCAGUUCUUAGUUGUGAAGUGUCUCGGUUGGUUGUUUAAGGCGGGUUUCGGUACAUUUUUAUUCCAUUACUAACUUUUUAUUCAAAUAUACACUUUCUAAAUUAAAACAUAUAAUGUCAAAAGAGUUAUUUACACAUUUUCGAUAAUACAAACAUAAGAAUAGUGUUAAAAUAUUAGAAAUUUAAUAAAAUAUAAGUGAAUAAGUGCAAGAAGAAUAGCUAAUGCCAAAAUGAUAUUUGAAAAAAUUUCGUGCUCGUUUGGAUUGCUACUGAUAUUAUGUAUGAUCAAUAAGGUACCUGCCGCCACAAGUAAUGAUUCCGGACGUCGAAAAGAAGUUGAAGGGCACUGUAUUUGGUACGGACAAUGUUACGAAGAUCCCGACGACGGCAUGAUGAAAAAUUGCUUCUAUAACGGCACGGCAAAAGCUUUACAAGACGAAUCAGCUAUUGCUAUAUUGAAAAAACGAUGUCCGGAUUUGUCACCAGAUGCAGUCUGUUGCGCGGUCGAUCAGCUCAAAAGUUUCGAAGCGAACAUGGCACUACCUCAAACUCUACUCAGCAGGUGCCCGUCGUGUAUGAACAAUUUCCUGAAGACGGUUUGUCAUAUGACCUGUUCUCCACAGCAAUCCAAAUUUUUAGGCGUCAAACAAACCGAAAAAGAUCCGAAAACAAACGAAACCUACAUCACAGAAAUAGAUUAUUACAUGGAGAAUUCGUUUAUGGAAAGCACUUUCAAUUCGUGUAAGCAAGUUAGCGUACCAUCAACCGGAGGAAAGGUUUUGGAUCUGAUGUGUGGAGAUUGGGGUUCGGCUAAAUGUUCUCCUCUAAGGUGGUUCACUUAUUUGGGGGACAAAGAUACACCCAUGGUACCUUUCCAGAUCAAUUACAUAAAUUCGACUGGUAGAAUCAACGGUUUCGAUCCAUUAAAUCUUACCUCUGUUCCUUGUAAUAAAUCAGUGGAUGGUAUUUCUCCGGCUUGCAGCUGUGUCGAUUGUGAAGAGAGUUGUCCUGCUCCACCUUAUGUACCAUCCCCAGUACAACCCUUCAAGAUAUUCGGUCUAGAUGGUUACGCCGUUGUUAUGACAGUUAUUUUCGUUGUGGGAUCCGCAAUAUUUUUGAUAAGCGUUUUAUUGUUUUCGGGGAGAAAUAAUAUAGGACGGAAUACGUACACCUAUGAACGGGAGCUUUUUGAAACGUCUGCAGAAAUGAACGUAGCCGAAAGACAAGUGGGUUUGGUAAGAGGACAAUUAUCUGAAGAUAUGAGGGCGGAAGUAGCACGUAGGUUGGCGGUGCCUGAACAUCAUUCCUCCCAAGUUGCAUUAGGAGACGCGGAGGAUAGUCCAUUACAAUCAUCGAAACGAUCCAGUAUGACAUCUGAACAAGCCCACGAAAUGGAAACUCAUUCCAUAAACAAAUCACCGGAAGAUUAUGAAAAAGUUUCAUCGUUCAUCGAAAAAUUAGGCGCCAACACCGACACUUUCCUACAAUUUAUUUUUGAAAAAUGGGGCACUUUUUGUGCUGAAAGACCGUGGUUGGUCCUUUUCCUUGGAGCUUGCUUGGUUAUCGGACUAGGUCACGGAAUAAAAUAUCUAAAAAUCACCACAGAUCCCGUACAAGUUUGGGCUUCCCCCACGUCUCGCAGCCGUAUCGAAAGGGAAUUCUUCGAUAGCCAUUUCGAACCGUUCUAUCGAACGGAACAAGUCAUAAUCAGAGCUGUGAAUUUAACGAACGUCUACCACAACACCUCCGACGGGAUAUUAGUGUUUGGUCCGGCUUUCAACGACUUUUUCCUAAAAUCCGUUCUAGAUUUGCAAGAACAAAUACAGUCCCUUGGACUCGGAACAUCUCACAGUUUUGAUAAAAUAUGCUUCGCGCCUUUGAGGAAAGAAAACCAGAAAAGUACAGACGUUUCUGAAUGUGUCGUACAAAGUAUUUGGGGAUAUUACCAAAAUAGUCUCGAAAUUUUCGAAGAGGAAGGCACGGAUCCGCUAGGAUUCAAGACAAAUUAUUUAGAUAGAUUUGUUAAGUGCGUGGGAAACCCAUACGAUCCUCUUGAUUGUCUAGCUCCGUACGGAGGACCGGUAGAUCCUGCUAUAGCGAUGGGCGGUUUCCUUAAAAAAGGAGAAAAUUUAGCCAAACAUCCCGAUUACAAGAACGCGACAACAGUUAUAUUAACAUUCAUAGUUAAUAAUUACCAUAAUAAAAGUUUAUUGACCCCAGCAAUGGAAUGGGAAAAAGAAUUCGUCGAUUUCAUGAAAAAUUGGACAGGUACUCAAAAACCUUUCUAUAUGGAUAUAGCUUUUACAUCGGAACGAUCAAUCGAAGACGAAUUGGACAGGGAGAGCCGAUCCGAUGUAGUCACCAUACUAAUUUCUUACAUGAUCAUGUUCGCUUACAUCGCCAUAUCCCUUGGUCAAGUCAACAAAUGUUCCAGACUAUUAAUCGAUAGUAAAAUUACACUCGGUCUUGGUGGAGUAUUGAUAGUCCUUGCAUCGGUUAUAUCAUCAGUUGGUCUUUUCGCUUUCAUCGGAACUCCUGCUACUCUCAUCAUUAUCGAAGUUAUCCCCUUUUUGGUACUGGCUGUGGGAGUCGACAAUAUUUUCAUCUUGGUUCAAACGCAUCAAAGAGAUAUGAAAAAACCAAACGAGUCCCACGCGCAACAUAUCGGUAGGACGUUAGGACAAGUGGGGCCAUCUAUGUUACUCACCAGCGUAUCUGAAAGCUGUUGCUUCUUCUUAGGAAGUUUAUCCGAUAUGCCUGCGGUUAGAGCUUUCGCUCUAUACGCCGGAAUGGCGCUACUGUUCGAUUUCUUCCUACAGAUCACUUGUUUUGUCAGUUUGAUGGCUUUGGACAUUGCAAGACAGUCUUCAAACAGAUUUGAUGUAUUCUGCUUUAUACGUGGUUCUAAAAAGAACGAACCGAAUGUUUCUAAUAGUCAGGAAGGUUUACUUUACUCAUUCUUCAAGUACGUUUAUGUACCUGCUCUAAUGACUAAGCCGGUUAGAUGUGCAGUAAUGAUCGUAUUCUUCGGAUGGUUGUGUUCUUCGGCAGCUGUAUCUCCACAUAUAGAAAUCGGUCUCGAUCAAGAACUAUCGAUGCCCGAAGACAGUUUCGUACUCAAAUACUUCAAAUCUCUCAAAGAUUAUUUGAGUAUAGGACCGCCAGUGUACUUCGUAGCGAAAGGUGGAUUGAACUACAGCGAUGUAAAUGACCAAAAUUUAAUAUGUACCGGUAGGUACUGUAGAAGCGAUUCAUUAGUUGCCCAGUUGUACGGAGCCAGUAAAGUUCCAGAGGUCACGUAUAUAGCGAGACCUGCCUCGAGUUGGGUAGACGAUUUCUUCGAUUGGGCGGAAUCUCCUUCCUGUUGUAAAUACGAUUCAAAUCAUAGUUUUUGUCCGAACGACGAUUCCGAUUGCGAUUCGUGCAAUAUUCGAUUCGAUUCCAAACAACAUAGACCGAUACCUGACGAUUUCAGUCGGUACGUUUCGUUUUUCCUUCGAGACAAUCCUACCACCACCUGUCCUAAAGGUGGUCACGCAGCUUACGGACAAGGGGUAACUUAUCAAACUAAUAAAACCACGAAUAUGUCAACGGUUGGCGCUUCUUAUUUCAUGACGUAUCACACUAUUUUGAAGACGUCAGAAGAUUAUUACGAAAGUAUGAGGGCAGCCAGGGAAGUAGCUGCGAAUCUUACGAAGACAAUUGGCGUUGAAGUUUUUCCUUAUUCCGUUUUUUACGUAUUCUACGAACAGUAUUUAACCAUGUGGCCAGAUACUCUAUUUAGUUUAGGUGUAAGUGUAAUGGCUAUAUUCGUCGUUACUUUUCUUCUUAUGGGUUUGGACAUAUUUUCGAGUAUAGUAGUAAUAAUAACGAUAAUUAUGAUUAUUAUAAACUUGGGAGGUCUGAUGUAUUGGUGGCAUAUAACUUUAAACGCAGUAUCUCUAGUCAAUUUGGUUAUGGCCGUCGGUAUAUCGGUGGAAUUCUGUUCACAUUUAGUCCACAGUUUUUCGAUGUCCGUAAAACCUACCAGAGUCGAAAGGGCUGCCGACGCUUUAACGAAAAUGGGCAGUUCGAUAUUUUCUGGAAUAACUUUGACCAAAUUCGGAGGCAUAAUUGUACUUUUCUUCGCCAAAUCUCAAAUAUUCCAAGUUUUCUACUUCAGAAUGUACCUGGGUAUCGUAUUAUUCGGAGCUGCUCAUGGACUUAUAUUCCUUCCAGUUCUACUUAGCUUUAUAGGAUCUCCGAUGAAUAAAGAAAAAUUGGCCAAACAAAGGAGUUUAAAUGGUGCACGUUUCCAGGAAACACAUUUUGGCAGAGCGUGAUGCAAACAAGAAGUAGAAGUAUCAAACGCCAAACACAUUCGGAUGACACAGCAGAACCGACGAUGGCGUCACCUUUGUUGCCAUCCACAUCACGACACUCUUAUAAUGCUAUAACUCCCGCUCUUGUAUAGUCUCUAUCAAUGAGAACGUAAUACAGUAUUUUUCUGCGUGUGAUAAAAUAAGUUAACAACAAUGAAGUGAGGUGCGACUCUCCAAAUGUGUGUAUUUAUAAUACUUAACAUAUAUAUUUUUACUGUUAAUGGUGAUUCUAGUCACGGUUUUAGUUUUAAAAGAGCAAAUCGGUUCAAGGGUAACGUUCUAAGUAAUUUUUAUAUUAUAGAUCAUAUUUGGGUGUGAUUAAAAUAGUAUAAGAGUCCACUUGAUAUUUUAAUUUACUCUGUAUCGAGCUAUUGACAUCCAUUUACCGGUGUUGAGAAAAAGAAAUCUCUGCCUACCUCAAAUAGACUCAGAACUUCCAGAAUUAAAGGCAGGUGACAUGAUUAAAAGCUCGAAUUAACUCCCUCCAAUUUAUAUUUAAUUGAAAUAAAUGUAGUGUAAUUAUUUUAAUCUGAUGAUAUCUGAUUCGGUAUCAGUAUUGGUAGUACAAUUUGAAAAGUUGUUUACCCAAAACUAAUUAAAUUAAUUUGUAAAUUAUUGUAAUGAGAAAACUGUGAUUGGAAUCGCUAUCGAAUGUGAGAUAUUUUAACAAAAUAUAUUUAAUAGUGCUUGAGUGUACAAACUUAAUUUAUACACGGCUAAAUCGAGAUUAUUUUUAAACAAUUUGAUAAUAAAUAUUUAACGACUGAUAUUCAAUUGCGGCUACAAACGGUGGAAAUUAAAAAUCAUAUGCUCAACUCUUAUAAAUCUAUUACCAAAUUUAAGAUAUUUUUCAUUGAAAUUAUUUGGUUGAUGUGAUAGUGAUUUAGGAAGCGACACUGCUAUCUUCAAAGUGAAAGUAGUUGAAAUUUCUGGAUGAUAUUACACUGUCUGGUCCUUCGAGCCGGUGUAAGAAGAUAAAUAAUCCCAAUUAUCAUUAUUUUCCCUUAAUAGACCCUUUUUCAACUGGAAUCUUGAUCUUUUUCAAUUGUUGGUAUGAUUUCUACGAAUGACAACAUUUUUGAUUAAUAAAUAUUGACCAUGACUCGAAAUAAUCCCAUUAAAACAACAUGAUUUUAACAGAUAACAAAUUAACUCUCAAAUUCAAGGCCUAUGAAAUUUAGAUUUCAUCUUAUCUCUCAUUUUCACAUGUGUAUUCGUUAAUUGAUAAAUUUAAACAAGAUCUUGUAGUAUCUUUCGAAUAAAUUGGAUGCUUCCAAACUUAUUUCAAAAUUUCAAUGACUUUAUUUGCUAUAAACUGUCAAUAUUUUAUGCUUUUGAACGCAAUUUUAAUUAAAAGAGACCUUAAAUCAAGAGAAUGUUAUUACAACCCAACAAAACCCUUAGAGUACGACAACAGUUGGUUGAGGGAAAGUCUGCAUACCCAAAUAUUAGUUUACGGCUCUAAUUUUCACUAUUACAUCAUCUCUGGGAGUCUUUGAAACGUCCUAUGUUGUUACGUCAUCAGAAUUAACGUCCUUUGUUCUUUAUAUUGAUUCUAAUUCAAUUAUUUGAUUUAAAAAUUCUCGUAUUUUAUAGAAUAAUUGGUACCAAGGUGUCUUACUUAUGAAUUUAUAUUUUGAACUUAUUUUUUUGAUAAUAAAACGUUGAAAAGGGACGGAUAUGUAUUAAAUAACAAAUUGUAUAUUAAUAAAAAUUAAUUAAAGGCUAUGUAUGCUGUGGACACUUAUGACGAGGGUUGCUGAUAAUUCAAGUUUUUACCAUCACAUAGAAAUUCAAAGCCGCAUAGUCCAAUAAGAUGAAAAACAAUGGACACAACAAUACUACUUCGGUAUCGAUUGUUUCUCAUACUCUAUGCUUGCAUUUAACGGAAAGAAAAAUUCAUAUGGCUCCAAUCGUUAUCCAUUCUGAAAGGUGAAAUACAAUUUGUGCCGAUAUUGGUAUUAAAAACGGUGGUGAUGGUGAUAUUAGCAACAACCCUUAUAUAAACUAUUUCAAAUUUAUAUGAUUUAAUAAGAAAAAUAACAUCUACAAAUGUUCGAACUCUGCUAUCUUCAAAUUCUGUUUAACUCCAAAACUGAUCUAUUUAAAAAGUGAUAAUUGUAAAUCUCACUUUGUUUUUUUAAUGCUUUAUUCAAAAAUGUAUUCCAAUACUCUGUGUCAAAAUUUUUUAUCCAAAUAUUUGUAUUUUUCUAAUAAUAACUCAAAAACUUUUCCUAUGAAUUAAAAAAAGUGAUAGUUUUGACUUAAUUUUUAAGCCGAAAGUUGAGCUUCUACUUAUUUAGUAAAUUUCUUAAAUACGUGGAUGUGCCUCUGUACUUUUUAUCCUUAUUACAUUUUUCACAUUCCACAAAUUCUAAAAAUUCAGUUGUAAGAUUUUUGUAUUUAUGUAGAUAUUUUUAAUGUAUUGAUUUUGUAAUUUUAACAGUGUCUGAUAUAAAUGUAUUUUGUAUUAA